AUGGUUAACAAUAUUUGGGUUGCUGCUGCUGAUAACGACUUGGAAACUGUGCAAAACUACAUCUCCACUGGCCAGUUUUCUGCAAACUCCAAGGAUCCAAACGGGUACACUCCAAUACAUGCGGCUGUCUCUUAUGGACAUGUUGAACUAUUAAAAUAUCUAAUACAACAAGGUGGUGAUAUAAACACACAGGACACUGAAGGGGAUGCUCCGUUGCAUCAUGUUGAAGACUUGCAAGUUGCCAAGUUGUUGGUGGAGGAAUACAAGGCUGAUUGGAGGCUAAAGAAUAAUGAUGGUCAAAUACCGGCAGAUUACAUAGAGGAGGAUGAUGAAUUUCCUGAAGUUGUUCAAUACCUAAGAUCUUUAAACCAUGAUAAUCCAACUGAGAACAAUAACUUGCUUGAUACCUUACCAAGACCUGACGAAGUGGAGGGACAUAAGAUUAGUUAUAGUUAUCAAAAUGAAGACAUAGAAUUACAAAUAGAUGAUGCUCAAAGGGAACAAUUGAGAGAAAUUGCAGAAAGUGAGAAUCCUGAAGCUAAAUUAAGAGAUUUCGUGAAGGAAGCUGUUCAUAAUCAAUUUUUCAAUGGUGAUAAUGAUAAUUCACCAGCUUCAAAAAAGAGAAGGGAUUGA